AUGAAACUCCUCUCGUGUGCUUGGCACGGUGGCUUAAUUUUUGCGCUCCUGUCAAACGGCCUUGCGCGGGCCAACGACCAAGGCCGCCCAGCUGAGAAAGCUUCGCCAACUACAAGCACACCUGGCCAAUGCGAAGUCCGAACCAUCAACUACAUCACACAUACGCUGCCGUCGCUUUGCUUCAAGAGCUCAUGGACAGACUCUUUGCCGACUCCAACCAGGCUGCCUGCCGCAGGCGACUCCGACAACACCACUCAGCAUGUCACGCGACCGCCUGUGGAGGAGCAGGCUCCUCCAUCCGCUACGGAGCAAACGGACACGUUCGCCAAUAACUCUGCGGGCGAUACCUUUGCGACGCCUUUCAUGUCAUUUGAGGACUGGAAGAAGAUGAUGCUGGAGCAAACCGGACAGGACCCCCAAAACUUGCACCUGCGAAAUUCGAGCGGGCGCCAGAAAGCCGAUAGACCAUCUCCCGAUUUGGAUGAUGUAGGAUUGGGCGAGGAAGGGGAGAUAUCCCUAGUUUUUGAUGAUUAUGGAGAAGGAGAAGGCCCCAAACCUGGGCCUCCUACGGAAUUAGCAAAUGCGAACAACGGCGACGAUGUCGACGACACUUCAACGUCCAAAGAUGGCAAAGCGCCUAUUCACCGAAGCAAAGACGCUGGAAAAACCUGCAAGGAGCGCUUCUCAUAUUCCUCAUUCGAUGCGGGCGCCACCAUCUUGAAGGCAGGGCCCCAAGCAAAGAACGCAAAAGCCAUUCUAGUGGAAAACAAGGACUCUUACAUGCUACUCGAAUGCGCUGCGCAAAACAAGUAUGUCAUUGUCGAGCUUAGCGACGAUAUCCUCAUCGACACCAUUGUCAUUGCCAAUUUCGAGUUCUUCUCCAGCAUGGUUCGUCAUUUCCGAGUCAGUGUAAGCGAUCGGUAUCCUGUGAAAAUGGAUAAAUGGAGGACGCUUGGGAUCUUUGAAGCCGCAAACUCGCGAGAUAUCCAGGCAUUCCUUGUGGAAAACCCAGAAAACCCCCAGAUCUGGGGCAAAUAUGUUCGGCUGGAAUUUCUGACACACUACGGGAAUGAGUACUAUUGUCCUGUUUCUUUGCUUCGUAUUCAUGGAUCAACGAUGCUCGAUUCUUGGAGAGAUAGCGAGACACGACCAGAAGAUGAUAUUCACGAAGAGGAUGAAGAAGAUCUCCCUGUUCCCACUGUUUCUACGCAACCAACAGCAGCUGGACCUAGUCCAGCACCAGCCGGACCUAGUCCGCAAGCCGGAGACAAGAAUGAAAGUCUUCCAGAGCUUGCAAGUACUUGUCUACCUCGUGUUGAUGAAGCCCCCUUUCAAUCUAUGACGGCAACAUGCGCUGUACCCUCUACUAUUGCCAUAGGCGAUGCAAAGCCAGGAGAUCAAAGCUCUGGGCAAACUGGCGAAAAGGCAAAACGACCAACUAAAGAUGGCGUCGUGGAGUCGGAUUCUGCCUCGCAAGACUCUCCCAAAUCAGACGUCACUCAGGCCCGGGACGCAUCUUCCGCACCAACAGUAAAGCAGACAGAUUCUUCCAAACCUACCACGGAUGAUAAAGCGCAGCCUCCACCAGAACCUUCGGAUGCCGCCGGCUCGAGCUCCGGGACCACAAAAAGCCGGACACCAAGUGCCUCCAGCGCCUCGCCAACCGUCCAAGGCAGCUUUUACAACUCCAUCACCAAGCGCUUGCAGCAAGUAGAGACGAACCUCACGCUGUCGCUCAAAUACGUCGAAGACCAGUCGCGAAUCAUGCAGGACGCAUUACGGCGGACCGAACAGCAGCAGGUGACUAAACUUAACCGCUUCCUGGGCGAUCUCAACCACACCGUCCUUGCAGAGAUGCGCAACGUGCGCGAGCAGUACGAGCAGAUAUGGCAAUCCACUGUCCUCGCUCUCGAAAGCCAGCGGGAGCAGUCUGAGCGCGACAUUGUAGCCCUGAGCACCAGACUCAACCUGCUAGCCGACGAAGUUGUCUUCCAGAAGCGGAUGGCCAUUGUGCAGGCAAUCCUCCUGCUUUCCUGCUUGUUUCUGGUCAUCUUCUCGAGGGGAGUCCCUAUUCCCUACCUUGCGGCCCUGCAAGAACAAGCCGGCGUCAUUGCAUAUCCCUCAUCGUCGCCGUAUCCCGGCCAGGGACCUCGUACUAAUAUCUAUAAAUCCGAUGCUGGAAUCCCACCAGAUGCACAGACACUACCAGAUAAUGUCCCAGUGGUCAGUGUUUCUUCGUUCGAAGCUGCUCCCAACGUGCCGAGUAAUCGAAUUCCUCAUUCUUUGUCUGAAACGUCAGAGCCCCAUGAGCCAAUCUGUGAAGACGGUGAAGAAGAGUAUCCGCGGCGGCAUCCCUUGCCAAGUCCACCGGCCGAAGACAAGUACCAGUAUUUACACUACUUAGACCAAGAGCCAAGGUUCCAUUCGCUACACCAUUCAUCUCCGGCCCUUCUGAAUACGCCCCGGAAACCACUUCCUUCUCUCCCUGAACAUUUGGCAUCAAACCAGGACUCUUCAUGA